UGUUCGUAGGAGAAACGUCAAAAUGCGUAUUUUAAUUUUAUCAUUCUUGUUUACACUGUAAAUAUCUAUCAUUAAACCAUAACAUCAACAAAACAAUAGUUAAAUUAUAGUGCCAUUUAAAAUGUUGCAUAACACCGGACAAUAUGUAUCCAAUGAAGUGUCAGUCGGCGGUCAAACUAAUUCCACUUCUGCACCAACUCAAAGCGAAAGUAAUGCAUAUAAUCAUUUUGGAGGGCAAGAGCAACAGCCCCAACACUCAAGUUUCCGAGAUUUUUAUGACUUGAAUAUGGCUGGAGUGAAUCAGUGUUCUAUUGUACCGAAAAUUGAUUAUUCGCCUAAUUUUAUGUCUUCAACAUUACUGCAGAAUUGUUCGACUAGAGCCUCCAGCCAACCUUAUAAUCUCAAUAAAAAAGACGGGCUAUACGGCCAUGAUAAUGGUAUGAAAACUCUGUUGAAUAUUCCAAAUGUUUCGUUAAAAAAAUCAUUGUUGAAUAAUCAGUAUUAUAGCACAAGUAAGCUGGACACACCUUCGUCAACAGCAGAAAUUAACAAUCCGAACAGAUUCGAUCAACAAGCGGAGAGUUAUGUAGAUCAUUUAUUAACAAAAAGUUUUGAUUCUGCAAAGUAUUCUGUAAAUAAUCUAGCUAUUAGUGAUACUUACAAUUUACCUGGCAUAAGUAGUGAACCCACAAUAUCUAAGAAAAAUGAGAUUACAGUUAAACCAGAAAAUGUAUUAAAUGGAUACAACAUAGAAUCUCAAAUUAGUAAACAUUCGAAUCACUCAAAUGUUACUGAAUGUGUGCAAUCACAAGACCCAAAUACAGUGUAUUAUAACGAACCAAAAACCAAUGAGAGUAGUUUUAAUUUAGGAAUAAAAACAUAUAAAGAUCCAGACUCUAGAAAGCGGAGCUUAGAAAAAACAGUACAAAUGAUAGAAACAAUAAUAUUAAAUUCAUCCACACGAGCUAAAAAUGUCAAAGAUACCAAAGACAGUAUAUCAAGUAGUAAAAAACAAAAGAUUGACAACUUGAAUGAGGAUAGCGGCUCAGAAAGUAGCGAGGAGGAUGAUGUUAAUGUAAUAGAACAAUACAGUGUGAAGCAGGAAACUCUAACAGAUAGUCAACCCAACAAUACUAUAGUGGAGAGUCAGCCCGAUAAGAAAAUACAAUUGAAUAAUGGAGAAAGCAUAAACUUAUCUGAAGUGAGAAUUAAGCAAGAGGUAAAAAUAGAACCCAUGGAAAUUGAGGUGGAUAUUGCUCCUCAUGCUACGGAGCCUAUUGUAAAUCCAUUUCAGAAUGAUGCAUUUGGUGUUCGGAGUGAAGAUGUUCUUAAUAAGGAUAUUUAUGAUGCAGAUUAUGCUCUACGGAUUGCUCAGGAGUUGAUUAAAACUGGAGCACUUACAGAUUCAUACUUUGAAUGCCCAUACUGCAAUUUAUACUUCAACAAUCCAAAGAGGUUUCUUAUACACAUAAAGUGGCAUUCAUUCGGCUUGACAAAUGCAAAGAGAUUCGAGUUGCAGAAGGAAAAGGAAAUGAAGAAGAUUAUAAAGAGGGAAGCCAAGGAGUUGGAGAGGAUAAAAGAGAUAGAAGAAAAUAAAAAUGGUGUGACACACAGGUGUACAGUUUGUGAGAAGAUUUUCACGUCAAAAGUCAGUUUGAGGAACCAUAGGCAAAGGGAGCAUUCAUCGCAAUCGCGGGACUGUAAGAUAUGUGGCAAAGGUAUUGUCGGAUGGAGGGCUAUGAGGUCCCAUUUGGCAACACACACAAACAAUGAUGGCAGAUACAUGUGCACAGAAUGUCCGAAAAAGUUCAAACAUCCCCAUUCAUUGACAAAGCAUAGAGAUACACAUAGGGAGAAGACUCAUCCUUGCCCUCAAUGCUCGAAGCUAUUUGGUUCCGAGCUGCUGAUGAACAUACAUAUGAAGUGCCACGAGAGAACCCAACGUGGUAUCACACACCAUUGCACAUACUGUGGGAAGGGUUUCUUUGAAUCUUUCAGUCUACAGGCUCAUGAAAGGACACACAGAAACGAGAGACCAUUUGAAUGUGAAAUUUGCAACACCAGAUUUGGAACCAACUCCAGUCUGAAGCGACAUCUCAAAGUUUCACACAACACAUCAAAACCCUUUGAAUGCUCAGUGUGUCACCGCUGUUUCAUCUCAGAGGCGAUCCGAGAUCGCCACGAAGAAAGAGCUCACAGCAGCCCGGAUGAUUUCAAGUUCCGCUGCACCGAGUGUCCGGGAAAGUAUCUCCGCAUGAAGGAUCUAAGGAAACACAUUUACAAAGUGCAUCCCAAAGGCAGACGGAAGAGGAUCACCUCGGGUGGAGAGUCAGAUGACUGAUUAGUGAUGGACUGAGUGACUUUGAAGUGUUGUGUCAGUUUAAGUGCAUCACAAAGGCAGAAGGAUAGGAAACAUAUUCAGAGGUGAGAGACGAACGUAAUAGUUUUAAUCCUGGUAUACUACCGGUUAACGAGCGAGUUGAAUGCCGUCGGGGAGGAAAAGAGCGCUAGCAUUUCUCCCCGCUUUCCACACGUCUCGCCUCGCGUAGUGUAGUGCUGUGCGGUAGUCAUCGCUUGACGUGUUAUCGCAUAUAAGUAAAGUUGCCAUCCCGCGUUUUUUUUUUUAAAUUUAAUGUUAACUAAUCCCAGUCUAUCAGUUUUUAUUUUAUAUUACUGUUUAAACUUAAAGCAUUAUUUAAAUUUAUCGACACACUUGCAUUGCAUUCCCUGAAUUCUGUAUUCAACUUGUGCAAUAUCUGUAUAGGUGCAUGGUAUGUGUGGAAUGGCACAGUGUGCUGGAAAAACGAAAUUGAAAGGAAACACCUUUAAUAAAUAAGAGGAAUUAUUUAACUUUUCAAAGAAGAUGUAAGUGUAUUUACUUAGCAGUAAAUUUGCCAGUCUUCAAUAAAUUUGAACAGAGUUUUUCACCGAAAGCGACCUGGCAAUUAAUAUUAUUAAACAUUAUCUGUCUCGUGUGUAGUCAAGAUAAUUGACCUGUAUUUGCCGUGGUCCAGAUAAACAUAUCAGGGUUCCACUUGUGUUAUAUACCCUUCGGCUUUGAUAUGUACGUUUCUUAUUGUUGUUACUCUAGACGGAUAUGCAAGAAGCUGGGGAUGUUUGUCUGUAGCAAAUGGAUGUGUGUCAUGUCUGCCUCUCCUUUUGAUAGAUAGGCAUAAUUAAAUUAUCUAUCUAUAUAUGUAUGAACAUUAAGAUUCAGAGGAACAUAUUCGUCAUUUUAAUUUCAUUUGUGAUUGUGGUUGACUAGUUGAUAUGCAAAUUUUUGAGAUGCAUUGUUUUCCUAUAUUGCCACUGCUUAAACAUUGCUAAUUAAAACGAUACAGCGCAACUGUCUUGUGUAGAUGUAAUCCACGCUUUCCAACCAAGGACGAUGAAUGUCAUAUCAUUAUUUGGAUUACAUCUGCAGUCUGCAUGGAUGGCAUCAAGCAAGGUCACCCCUGAUGAGACGUUGGAUUUCAUCUGCCUGAAUCAUGCUCUAGUGUUAUUUCCGCUAAGCUUCACAAAAUCACUUUGACAUGAGUUGAAUUCUCUGGAGCUGUUGACUCGCCAAAUGUUGGAACUGCUGAGUGAUCUGUUAUUGGUUGAGUAAUUUUAAAAAUAUUUUGUCCUUCAUUGUCCAAUUCCUGUAUUGAUGUUACCUUGCCUCAUAGAAUUCAAUGCUUCUUGUUUUUCUUUUUAAAGAAAAUAAGGACAUUCAGCUGAUGGUAAUUGAUACUCCCUGCCCAUUACAAUGCAGUGCCCCACAGGAUUCUAGAAAAACACUGAGCACAAAAAUUUGCUCGUCACCUUGAGACAUAGGAUGUUAAGUCUCAUUUGCCCACUAAUUGUUGUGUUGUGUAUAUGGAUUAAACAUUUGAAACUUGAAAAUAAUCUCUGUAAAUGGACCUAUUUUUAAAAGGCUUUACUUGUAUUAUUGUAUUAUUUUAGAGUUAAGAACAUACUAAAUAGUUAUUGUAAAUAUGUCAUAGAGUUAUAGCAAAAAUAUGUUUCAUUUGAAAGCAAAGAAAUUCGAACAAAGAGAUGGUGAGAGUUUGCGAAAAAUGUAAGAGAAAUAAAAAAUAAUAUAUUAUAAUAAUAACAAGGUUUAAUCAGUAUUUGAAGAACGCGACAGAAAUGUAUUCCAUUGUUUUAUUUGCUCAUAAUUUCUUAUCAUAUAUAUUUCAUUAUCAUCCAAAAUACACUAGUUGUAAUGAAUGUUAUAAGUAUCACACUGAAUUUUCACUUUAUCUACAAUGAAUAAUCAAUUGUGAUUCUAUAUAUACCCCUAAGUAUUAUUCUCAAAGGUUCUCGAAGAUAUCCUCUUUGUAGUCAUAGACAACAAACAAUAAAGACUGAACAAGUUGUUUAGAUAUGUCAAGGUCAAGAUUCCUUUAACAAAUGAUAUUUUGUCUCUUUUAUGCUCAUAACUUUUAUUCUUAUUUAAAACCCAUACGCAUAUGAUUUAUUAUGGUACAAUUGCGCUCGUCACGUUGAGACAUAAUAUGUUAAGUCUCAUUGCCCUUCAGACCGAAACACAAUAAUGCUUACACAUUACUGCUUCACGGUGGAAAUAGACGCCGUUGUGGUACCUUUAAUGUAGCCGGCAUCCGACAAAUCAAAAUUGUUGUUGCAUUAUCGCCCUGUCUGGUCGUCUAUACACGAGUAUUAUUAUAAAACCAAAGUCUAUGCUCGUGACAGACAGUCGGACUGCGGAGUCUUAUUAGUAGGGUACAUUGGCUACGUAACGCAUCGCGUACGGAACCCUAAAAGUGUACUGAACACUCGGAAAUACGAUUUCUCUUAUUUAAAUUUUGUAAAUAUUUAAAGUAUGUAGGCACGGAACGUUUUGCACGGCCGUCCCGCAUAAACACAAAUUUUAAAUCUUAAAAGAUUAAGGAUUGGUCUCCGCUACGCUCCAAUUAUAUACCGCACUACCUAAGAACAAUAGCUUCUUUAUUACGGCAACUAUUAGAUGCUUGUGUGUGUGGCAUCUUGACACUCAAUGGCAUCUUUCAAAUUUUGUAACAUACGCUUCGUGUUAUUUUAUAUUGAAAUUAAUAAAAUAUAAAAUACAGAUGAUAUGUGGUCCCAGUGUCUUUCUUGUUUCUUGUAGUAUUAUUUUUACAAAGUUUUACUACGCAACCCGGCAUUUUAGUUUCAAUUAUUAGCAACGUUUCACAUUGUUGGAGACUGGCGUUAUUUUAGCGGUAUCUAGUUGGGGCGCAGCGCUGACCAAUCAAAUCUAAGUUGUAUAUACAGUUUUUAAGAUCUUACCUCAACGCACAUUAAAGAACAUUUUACAUAAUCAUGAAGUUAUUAUAAUAUGUCAGUUUGAGUGCGUUUUGUGCGCUUUAUAAUUUUUGAAUCUCCAAGUAUUCUUGAACCUAAUGUGAAAUUUUAAUAAAAGCAUUAAUAUCUCUAUGUUUUAGCUAUAUGCUUGAGUUGCCCUCGAAAUUUAUAAACAAAUAUUAGGUUAACGUUAUCAUUAUUGUUUAUAGACUGAAUUUUAGUUUACUUGUUAAUUGUAUAACUUUGAGUAAUCGACCAAAUGGAGACUCGUUUCACCCAUAUUAUACCUACAAUUUUAACGAGAUAUAACGAACGUUAGUUAUCUUGAGAUCUCUAGGCACCGUGCUAAAUUAAUUUUAACAAUAUUUUGAGACCCUAAAUAGCUUAAAGAUAAUAUAAUCGUUAAGUGUGACCAGGCUAUUAUUCCGUAACUAUUACAAAUAUCAAAAAUCUUUAAACUGAUAACGAAACUACAUUACCUAAUUAGUAAAAUAACAUCAAAAGCUUUUAAUAGUUAUUUAUGCAACUGUUGUGUAAUAAGGGGUAUUAAAACACGAAUGUAGGUUUAAUUGAUAAUAGUAUCACAUGAGUGUUUUAAUAUCUAAUUGUCUAUCAACACUUGCAUACAAGACUAUCUACACCCAUAAUAUGGAUCCUUUGUAAAAGAUUCUGAAACAGUUAACUUACUGCUAACAAUAAAAACGCCAGUCCUAGUAACCAUAAUAUCAUCCAAAGGAGUGUUAUUAUGAAAACAGAUGAUGUAAUGUUUGUACUGAAUUUCAUUACAACACUCGUUUGGAUAAAGUAAUGGUUAUUAGGGCAUAGGGUGUUUCAAUGUUGGCAACAAUAAGUUAGCAUAGUUUAAGAAUCUUUAACAGAGAAUUUAAAGAAUGGGUGUGGAUAAAAACUAAUUUACGGGCUGUAUCCAAAAUCCUGAUAUUAAACACUCGCAUACAUUUAGUAUUAGAUUAAGUAGAACCUUCGUAAUUAAUUAUAAUUUUUAUUUAUUAAUUAACCAUAAUUAAUAAUUAACUAUUGCUUUUCAUAAACAUUGGCACUUUCUCGGUCGUCUCCUUUUGGUUGAAUACUUUAAGCAUAGGCAAUGUUAAUUUAAUAUUGUUUGAAUGUUAUCUAUACAAGAGUAUAUUAUGUAUGUUUUAAAUUAUGGAAGAAAUUUUUAAAUAAAUAAAUUUCUCGUAUUAAUAAUGUAAAUAUUUUAUUAAUAAGUUUAGGUGUUAUAUUUUAGGUACAGGUAUAUUCCAUAUUAAAACCGUUUAGUAUAUUUAUGUAAUGCUGGAGGUGGAUUUUAGAUUAGACGUAUUUUGAAAUGGAUGUAUUAUUUAUGUAGUGUAUAUAUUUGGUGUCGUAGAAUAUUUAAAUAAACUUAAUUAUUGAACUCUAAA